AUGCCUUUACCCAAGCCUUUUACGAAUGACUUCCCUCAUGCUGAUAUCCAUCAACUCAUCGCCCCAGAUAUCCUGCACCAAAUCAUUAAAGGCUGUUUCAAGGAUCAUCUUGUUGUGUGGAUGGAAAAAUACCUCCAUUGUAUCCAUGGGAAAAGGAAGGCUGAACAAAUUAUGGAUGACAUAGACCAUCAUCUGGCUGUUACUGCCCCAUUUACUGGCUUGCAACAUUUUCCACAGGGCUGCGGAUUCAAACAGUGGACUGGGGAUGACUUUAAAGUGCUCAUGAAGAAUGUUAUUAUGGAGGACACAAUCUUGCAAAUAGAGGAUGCCCUUCGCCGGUUUCACCACUAUCGUCCAAUAUUCCUAAAGCUCAGCAUUGUUCCUACAUUCUCGCUCCCACACCAGCAUGCGAUAAAGCAUUACCCUGACCUUAUCUGUCUUUUUGGAGCACCAAACAGUCUCUGUUCAUCAAUGACAGAAAAUAAACAUAUUAAAGCUGUAAAGCAACCAUGGCGCUGGUCCAACAGGUACAAUGCACUCAGACAAAUGCUUGUGACAAAUCAGCGACUCGACAAACUUGCAGCAUUGCACGUAGACUUUACCAAACAUGGUAUGCUCAACAGUACAUGUCUUAGUGAUGCUUCAAGCAUGAAAGAUAACGCACCUCAGUCUUUCUCCCAUUGA